GACACAGUUAUCCUGUAGUCUGACUUGUUCAUUCUUGUUGUAAUUGUACCAGUGGCAAUGAGGCUCAUUGUAACUGUUUUGUUGUUGGUGUUUGUACACCAAAGCAGAGGUGAUGAUGAUAAGAUCAUCGGGGGUUAUGAAUGUACACCUCACUCUCAGCCCUGGCAGAUUUUUCUAACCAUUGACGGACGGCGCUGGUGUGGCGCAUCCUUAAUUAACAGCUUAUGGGCCGUGUCUGCUGCUCACUGCUACGUUCCAGUUAAUCAACUUAUGCUUCACCUGGGAGAACACCGUGUGUUUGUUGACGAAGGCACCGAGCAGAGAAUUCGGCCUGAGAAAGUCAUAACACAUCCCAAAUAUAAUGACCGCACAGCUGACAAUGAUUUCAUGCUGAUCAAACUGAGCCAGCCUGCAGUUUUUAACCAGUAUGUUCAGCCUAUACCUCUGGCAUCAUCUUGUGUAGCAGCAGGUGAGGAGUGCCUGGUGUCUGGAUGGGGAAAUCAGAUCAACACUGGAGUUAUCUAUGCAUCCGUAUUACAGUGCCUGAAUGUGCCUGUACUCUCAGAGGCAAAAUGCAGGGCGUCCUAUGGUUCCAGAAUCACUAGUAACAUGUUCUGUGCCGGAUACUUGGAGGGAGGCAAAGACUCAUGCCAGGGUGACUCUGGUGGUCCUGUUGUGUGCAAUGGGCAGCUGAAGGGUGUUGUGUCCUGGGGUGAUGGAUGUGCGCUCCCUGGUUUACCAGGAGUUUAUGCUGAAGUCUGCCGCUACACUGACUGGGUCAAAAACAUCAUGGCUACCAACUAAGAGACAACAUCAUAGUUUUAAACACGAAUAUAUGUUUAAUUUGAUUCAUUUGAUUUUUUAAACUACAGUCAUGCGACACAUUCUUUCAUGUCCUUGUUGAUGUAAGUAAUUAUGUGUAAGAAGCAGCUCUAAACAGAAUCUGGUCAGGGUAAUGACAUGUGGUUUGUUCGAUCACAUUCACAAUAUGAGUCAUACUGAACAUCAUUUAUUUGUAAAAUGUAUUUGUUGUUUUUGCCUUUUUAUUGCAUGAUUAUAUUCUGUAAUUAUUAAAGCUAAACUAUAAAUAUAAACUAUUUAAUUUUACACUCAUUAAUUGAUGUAAUUUUGAGUCAGGAAAUUCCUGUAUCUUUCUUGUUCUAUCUCAGUGAAUGUCACUUGGCAAAAUAACCUAUGGAUCACUUAAUAUAAUGUUAAAUGUACACCCUUGUUUUAAUUAUUAAAAUGUUAUGUUUUCAAAUAAAUAAAACCAAUGUGAAUGACA